AUGAGUAGCUAUGAGGAGCUGUUUGAGUCUAGCGUGCUCGAGGUCGUAGCCCCGCAGCCGUCUCUCGAGUUCCCGGCCGACUACAGAGCGGAGCAGGCUCAAGACUGGAUCGCUCGUCUUCGAGGUCCAUCCGGAGAUAGAAGGACAGCAUUCUUCGACGAGAACCUGGACUUUCUCUUGACCAUCCGCCUGUCCUCUACUGCAUCCGACGAUGAUCCUGCUCCCAACCCUCCCAAAUCUCUGCUCUCCUUUCUGGCGCACUUGCAGAUCUCAUAUGAGACCUCUUACAUCUCGCCCUCUGCUGUUACGCCCGAGAUGCCAAACACGGCGCGUCUAUCCAUGCCUCCCCCGCGCACCCACUCUAUGCGUCGCAACAGCCCCGGCCCACUGCUCGCCGGGCACCCGUCCAUAUUCCCUCCACAUACCCCUCAUCCCAUACCCGCUGCUGCAGAGUCCGACCUCAAGUAUGUCCAGUCGCAAGGCACGCCUCUGGUCUCCGCCAUCUGGGGCGAGUCCGACUCGCGAGACACUGAACAAUUUACCCUUCUCUGGGACUCUGACGAACGCUGCUGGCUAGCUGUGUACAAGAUGUCUAUCCUCGUCUUGUUCAUGCUCACCAAGGUUGCCGACCCGUUACUCUGCAUAACCGUGUCGACUACCCUCCGCAAUAAGCCGCUUGCAAUGACGCCCCCACGGGCCACUCUCGCUACGCUUAUUGAAGCUGCUGGUGGUCUCAAGUCCGGCGGUCUGGCUUCCCCCGUCAAGACUAACGGCGCAGCAACGGAUCAGCCUCCCUCGGAUAGCGAGGAGGAUGACCUCCUUUCCGGUCUUCAAGAAGUAAACCUUUUGGAGGGGUUAUCAGCCGGCCCUACGUUUGCCGAUGCGCAACACCGCUUGUCUCUUCCAUCGUCACGAUUGGGCUCAAACACGCGUAUGCACGAGUUCUCCCUGGGUCCUCCAGCCUCUGCGUCUACGGGCACGCCCGUCCCGUAUGCUACAGGAAUCUCUUCGCCACCUGCCUCCAGUGGCCUUCCACGAGCAGCGACGCUCCGCAAGUCUUUCCGGAAGACCCUCAAGAUACUGUCAGGUUUCCGCGUGCGGAUGCGCACAGUGUUUGUCCCGUACUUCCUUCUUCCCCAGGAUAUAAAGGGCGGACGGACGCGGAAGGCGCGACAGAUCAGGAGCACAGGCGAAGACCGCGGUUCCGAUUCGUCCGACUCGGAUCUAGACGACGAUAUUCUGCAAGAGCAGGAGCAACGCGAAGCCGGUAAUGAGGAACAUACGGUCGUCCUCAGCGUCGAGAUCGAGAAUAUGUUCGCGGAAGCUCACUCGACCUCUGGUAACCCGACAUACCAUUUCGAGGUCGAGCGAGCAGACGUGACUGUGGGCGGCACAGGCGCGCGGACCGCGCUGGUGGGCUGGGGCUCCGAAGGUGGCGAUAUCUUUCCCUUGAAGAUCGCUCCAAAGGAGCAAGUCAACUUGCUAUACGCGGUCUCGUUCCUGCGCGGGCCUGAGGUCGACGAGUUUUCGCUCGCGCGCCCUCCAGGACUUGACGGGAAGAGUACAUCUAAUGAGGAGCUCCAACGCGCCGUGUCAAUCAACAUCAGUGGUCGACCGUAUGGGGACGAGUCGGGCGAGACGUCCUAUCCCACACGCGUCUACUCCUCGAAGUGGAAUUGUGUGCUCGACCUCUCUUCAGGGAGCGUUUCUGACAAGAAGCGAGAGUCGGGCGACCUCGACGGCGCGCAACCGGAGCUCUUCGUGCUACCCACACCGGCGUCUCCCUUCCCUACAGCCCCAAUCCCACCCCAACGCAACAGCCUGACGCCGUUGACAACUCGCAGCAUCAUUCCUCUUACAGCCGUAGCUGGGAGCAAGCGGCAUACCCUCGCGGCCAUCGACAACCCGAGCUCGGAGUACGCGCGCAUGCCCAAGUCACCCAUGAAUUACCAAAGUUCGACUUCGAUGCUCAACCCCGCGAACCAACCACCUCCACCCCCGAACUCGAGUCCGACACCAACAGGGCUCGGUACCGCCCAGACCCUGCACAUCCCCGCUAACCGCGCGUCAUAUAUCCCACCUUCGGUCGCAUUUCAGACCACAUUCCCCCGCUCACCCACGACAUACGGCGCUCCGACGAGCCCGCCUCUUCCACUUCCCCCUCCAAAUCUGAACCCACUCAUGGUAUACACGCACACGCAGACAGACAGCGUGAGCACAAUCAAUGAGGUGCUCGACCCUGCAACGCCUGUACCCACACCGACGCCGCCGCGCACCCCGGCAUAUCCCGCAUACCCCUCGUCGCCUUCUCCUGUUCCCCCAACGCCGUUCUGGCAGACCCCCGUGACGCAACAGUCAGGCGCAGGCUCCGUGGGUCCCAGCGUUGAGAUUCGUCGGGAGCGCGGAGGAGGCGUGCCUCAGACGCCUGGGCCGACCGUCGGCGGGUUCGGCGCGAUCACAGGUGGUUUCCAGGCGAUGCAGAGUUUGCAGAAUACUGUCGGGGAUUUGCGUGCAGUUCCCGGCGCGGUUGACGGUGACGAGGACAGCAGCGGAGAACCGAUAGUGGUCUCAGUUGGCUUGCUCUCGCCGAACCUCGCGGCGUCACGACAGACGAAGGGCAAGGCGAACCGGGCGGGGCGACUAUACCCGCUCGACCAAUUCACGCUCGAUAUCUUCGUGUUUAACCAGUCCUCAUGGACGCGCCGCUUCGAGGUUAGCUACCCUGAGGAACGCCGACGCCGACGAAAGACGAGGGAAGGUGGUCUGAAGGGUGGCGACCAUCCACCGGGGUUCAUCCCGCUCGAGAACCGCGUUCGUGUUGGACCGCUCCUCCCGUCAACGUGCCAAUCUGUGCGGAUGGACUUCCUGGCGCUUGCACCAGGUGUACACUCGAUCGAUACCCUCACGCUUACCGAUGUCCAGACGGGGUUUACGAUGAACCUCCGUUCCGUUAUAGAUGUAAUUGUCCACGAGCCGGACUGCGUGGCAGGAGCGGGGGAUAGUGAUAAAACGGAUUUGUAGCUGUAAUACUUGCACCAUGAAAAGAAGAGAAACGGCAUGAUACGGCCCC